AUGUUUUCAUUCUUGCUCUUUUUAUUUCUAUUUCUUACUCUCUCACACAUUCUCUCUUUCCUAUUCUUUUAUUUUUUCUAUUUCUCUCUCUCUUUCUCUCUCUUGUUCUUUCUUUCUCACUAUUUCUUGCUCACACUCACUCUUUGUUUCUUUUUUUCUUUUUUCUUUCUGUCUAUUCAUUUCCUUCUUUUUUCUUUAUUUCACUCUCUUCCUUGCUUUUCUUUCUCUCAUUUUCUUAUUCUCUUUCUCUCUCUCUUUGCUGCUCUCUUUUCUUUCUCUUUCUUGUACUCUCUCUCUCUCUCUCGCUCUCUUUCUCUCGAUUUUACUCCUCUCUCUUUCUUGUUCUCUUUCACUCUCUUUCUUGGACUUUCUUCCUCUCUCUCUCUCUCUCCCUUUCUUGCUUUCUUUCGUUCGCUCUUUCGUUCUCUUUCGUACUCUCUCUCUCUUACUCUUUUACACAUUCUCUUGUUUUUACUCAUUCUCUUUCUUUCUUUCUUUCUUUCUUUCUUUCUUUCUUUCUUUCUUGCUCAUUUUUAUUCUUUCUCUCUCUCUCUUCUUCCUCUAUCUCUCUCUUUUCUUUCUCUCUCUUUCUUAUUGUCUUUCUCUUUCUUGCUCACUUUCUCUCUAUUUCUUGUCCUCUGUCUUUCUAGUUUUCUUUCUUUGUCCUUCUCCCUCUCUCUUAUUCAUUCUUUUACUCUUUCUGUCUUUCUUACUCUUCCUUGUGUUCAUAUCUAUCUAUCUAUCUAUCUAUCUAUCUAUCUAUCUAUCUCAGUCUGUUCGUAUUUAUCUAUCUAUCUCUGUUCGUAUCUAUCUAUCUAUCUAUCUAUCUAUCUAUCUAUCUAUCUAUCUAUCUAUCUAUUUCAGUCUUUUCGUAUCUAUCUAUCUAUCUAUCUCAGUCUGUUCGUAUCUAUCUAUCUAUCUAUCUAUCUAUCUAUCUAUCUAUCUAUCUCAGUCUGUUCGUAUUUAUCUAUCUAUCUAUCUAUCUAUCUCAGUCUGUUCGUAUCUAUCUAUCUAUCUCUGUUCGUAUCUAUCUAUCUAUCUAUCUAUCUAUCUAUCUAUCUAUCUCAGUCUGUUCGUAUUUAUCUAUCUAUCUCUGUUCGUUAUCUAUCUAUCUAUCUAUCUAUCUAUCUAUCUAUCUAUCUAUCUAUCUAUUUCAGUCUUUUCGUAUCUAUCUAUCUAUCUAUCUCAGUCUGUUCGUAUCUAUCUAUCUAUCUAUCUAUCUAUCUAUCUAUCUAUCUAUCUAUCUCAGUCUGUUCGUAUUUAUCUAUCUAUCUAUCUAUCUAUCUCAGUCUGUUCGUAUCUAUCUAUCUAUCUCUGUUCGUAUCUAUCUAUCUAUCUAUCUAUCUAUCUAUCUAUCUAUCUAUCUAUCUCAGUCUGUUCGUAUUUAUCUAUCUAUCUCUGUUCGUAUCUAUCUAUCUAUCUAUCUAUCUAUCUAUCUAUCUAUCUAUCUAUCUAUCUAUUUCAGUCUUUUCGUAUCUAUCUAUCUAUCUAUCUCAGUCUGUUCGUAUUUAUCUAUCUAUCUAUCUAUCUAUCUAUCUAUCUAUCUCAGUCUGUUCGUAUUUAUCUAUCUAUCUAUCUAUCUAUCUCAGUCUGUUCGUAUUUAUCUAUCUAUCUCUGUUCGUAUCUAUCUAUCUAUCUAUCUAUCUAUCUAUCUAUCUAUCUAUUUAUCUCAGUCUGUUCGUAUCUAUCUAUCUAUCUAUCUAUCUAUCUAUCUAUCUUAGUCUGUUCGUAUCUAUCUAUCUAUCUAUCUUGGUGUGUUCGUAUCUAUCUAUCUAUCUAUCUAUCUAUCUAUCUAUCUAUCUAUUUCAGUCUUUUCGUAUCUAUCUAUCUAUCUAUCUAUCUAUCUAUCUAUUUCAGUCUUUUCGUAUCUAUCUAUCUAUCUAUCUAUCUCAGUCUGUUCGUAUCUUUCUAUCUAUUUAUCUCAGUCUGUUCGUAUCUAUCUAUCUAUCUAUCUAUCUAUCUAUCUAUCUAUCUAUCUAUCUAUCUAUCUUAGUCUGUUCAUAUCUAUCUAUCUAUCUAUCUAUCUUAGUGUGUUCAUCUAUCUAUCUAUCUAUCUAUCUAUCUAUCUAUCUAUCUAUCUAUCUAUUUCAGUCUUUUCGUAUCUAUCUAUCUAUCUAUCUAUCUAUCAUCUAUCUAUCUAUCUAUCUAUCUCCAGUCUGUUUCGUAUCUAUCUAUCUCCAGUCUGUUCGUAUCUAUCUAUCUAUCUAUCUAUCUAUCUAUCUAUCUAUCUAUCUAUCUAUCUAUCUCAGUCUGUUCGUAUCUAUCUAUCUAUCUAUCUAUCUAUCUAUCUAUCUAUCUAUCUCAAUCUGUUUCGUAUCUAUCUAUCUAUCUAUCUAUCUAUCUAUCUAUCUAUCUAUCUCUCAGUCUGUUCUAUCUAUCUAUCUAUCUAUCUAUCUAUCUAUCUAUCUAUCUAUCUAUCUAUCUAUCUAUGUAAAUCCUAAGCUAAUCCUAGAUCGAAUCGAAUCGAAUGCCACCAUCCAACCUCGUAACCUGCCACAGUACAUCUACCCCGCCAUUAAUCGGACGAAAAACUGGAUCGCUAGCUACCUCGUCUUAUCGUGUCGACAGAUGGCAGACAUUGAAAUCGCAGCGGCAGGCGUUAUUUUUGGCAUUUUCUCUUUGCUUAAUUCCCGCCAUUCCUCGCCGCUUUGCUCUUUUCCCGCCUUUCCUCGUGUCUUUGCUCUCUUCCCGCGUUUCUUAGUCUCUUUGCUCAAUUCCCGCCAUUCCUCACCGCUUUGCCCUCUUCCCGCCUUUCCUCGUGUCUUUGCUCUUCUCACGCCUUUCCUCGCCUCUUUGCUCCCCGCCAUUCCACGCAUCUUUGCUCCCUUCCCGCUUGCUUCUUUCCCGGGUUUCUACGCCUCUUUGCUCAUUUCCCGCGUUUUCUCGUCUCUUUGCUCAUUUCCCGCGUUUUCUCAUCUCUUUGCUCAUUUCCCGCGUUUUCUCGUCUCUUUGCGGUCUUCCCGCCUUUCUUCGUCUCUUUGUUUCCUUCCUGCCUUUCCUUGUCUUUUUGCCUCCUGCCCCGUCUUUUCUUGUUUCUUUGCUCUCUUCCCGCCUUUAUUCGUUUCUUGCGUCUCUUCCUGUCAUUUCUUGCCUCUUUGCUCAUUUCCCGCCAUUCCUCGUCUCUUUGCUUUCUUCCCGCCUUUCCUCGUGUAUUUACUUCCUUCCCGCUUUUCCUCAUCACUUUGCUCUUUUCCCGCCUUUCCUUGUCUCUUAGCUCUCUUCCCGCCUUUCCUGACCUCUUUGCUCUUUUUGCGCCUUUCUUUAAUCGUUUCUUGGCUCCCUUCCCGCCUUUCCUCGUCUCUUUGCUUCCUUCCCGCCUUUCCUUGUCUCUUGGCUCUCUUCUCGUCUUUCCUCACUUCUUUGCUCCCUUCCCACCUUUCCUCGUGUUUGCUUUCUUCCCGCAUUUCCUAUUCUCUUUGCUCAAUUCCCGCCAUUACUUGCCGCUUUGCACUAUUCCAGAUUUUCUCGUCUUUGCUCCCUUCCCGCAUUUCCUCAUCUCUUUGCUCCCCGCCAUUCCUAACAUCUUUGCUCCCUUCCUGCCGUUCCUUGUCUCUUUGCUCUCUACCCGCCUUUAAUCGUUUCUUGCUCCCCACUUCUCGCUUUUCUUCGUCUCUUUACUUCCUUCUCACUUUUCUUUGUCUCUUUGCUCUCUUUACGCCUUUCCUCACCUCUUUGCUCCCCGCCACUCCUCGCAUCUUUACUUCCUUCCCGCCUUUCCUUACUUUAAUCAUUUCUCGCCCCCCUUUCCGCCUUUCCUUAUCUCUUUGCUCCCCGCCAUUCCUAACAUCUUUGCUUCCUUCCCGCCUUUCCUUGUCUCUUUGCUCUCUUCCCGCCUUUAAUCGUUUCUUGCCUCUCUUCCCGCCUUUCCUUGUCUCUUGGCUCUCUUCCCGUCUUUCCUCACCUCUUUGCUUCCUUCCCACCUUUCCUCGUGUGUUUGCUUUCUUCCCGCCUUUCCUAGUUUCUUUGCUCAAUUCCCGCCAUUCCUCGCCGCUUUGCUCUCUUCCCGCCUUUCUUCGAGUCUUUGCUCUUCUCACGCCUUUCCUCGUGUCUUUGCUCUUCUCACGCCUUUCCUCGCCUCUUUGCUCCCUGCCAUUUCACUCAUCUUUGCUCCCUUCCCGCCUUUUCUUGUCUCUUUGCUCACUUCCCGCCUUUAGUCGUUUCUUGGCUCCCUUCCCGCCUUUCCUUGUCUCUUUGCCCUUUUCACGUCUCUAUUUAUCUCUUUGCUCUCUUCCCACCAUUCCUUCUCUCUUUUUUUCUCUUCCCUCCUUCCCUCGUUACUUUCUCUUCCCACUUUUUGUAGUCUCUUUCCUCCCUUCCUCCCCUUUCACUGUAUCUUUCUCUACUCCCAUUUCUUUGCCUCUCUCUUUUCUUGCUUUUUUUUUUAUACCUUUAAUCACAAUGAUUUCUCGUUCAUUUUCUUUCUUUCUUUCUUUCUUUUGCUGUUUCUUUUUUUUCUCGUUUUUCUUUCUUUUUCUUUUUUUUUUCCAUUCUGUCUUUUUUUUUCUUUCGGGCCCUUUUUCUUUUUUCCUUUCAUUCUCUGUCCUUUUCUUUCCGUCUCUCUUUCUCUCGCUUUCUUUCUUUUUUUCUUUUCUUUCAUUCUGUUUCUCUUUUAAUUCUUUCGAGCACUUUUUCUUUCUUCCUUUCUUUCUGUCUCUGUUUCUUUUCUUUCUUUCUUUUCUUCUUUCUUUCUUUCUUUUCUUCUUUCUUUCUUUCUUUCUUUCUUUCUUUGUUCUUCCUUUCUUUCUUUUCGUUCAUUAUGUCUAUCUUUUUUCUUUCGAGUCCGUUUUCUUUCUUCUAUUCUUUCACUGUCUCUUUCUUUUUCCUUCCGUCUUUCUUUUAUCUUUCUUUCUUUCUUUCUUUCUUUCUUUGCCUCUCUCUUUCUUUCUUUAA